AUGCCGGAUCUCGAGCACUUCAGGUUCUACUCGAGCAUGUAUCCGGUCCAGGGGGAAAGCGGCUUCGUGGUCCCGGGGCAGCAGCACCAGAUGCCGGACCCCAGCACCCCGGAGCCCGGGUACCUCCUAGGGGAUCACCCCGGGUUCGGGCCGGACGGGUUCCCCGGGCUGGACCCGUCCGGCCUGGCCUACCUGCACCUGGGGCCCCCCCUGCACCGCGGGGGGCCCCCGGGGGCCACGGCCUUGCGCAACGACCUGGGCUCGAACAUCAGCGUCCUGAAGACCCUGAACCUGCGGUUCCGCUGCUUCCUGGCCAAGGUCCACGAGCUGGAGCGCAGGAACAAGGUCCUGGAGAAGCAGCUGCAGCAGGCCCUGGGGGGGGGGGACCGGGGUCCGGGGGGGGACGGGACCCCGAGACCCCCCACCCGGGACAUGGGGGUCCAGACCGGGUUCGUCGGGCCCAUCCCCGGGAGGCCAGGCUUCAUCCCGCUGCCCAACGCCAACAACCCGGCCUACCUGCCGGGGGGGCUGCUGUCCCCCACCCUGCACCCCCCCUCCUCCUCCUGGGACAACCUGCUGCUGAGCAACCACCUGCACCCCCCCACGGAUUCCAACUCCAACCUCACCUGCACCAGCCCGGCCCGGAGUCCCGGGGACCAGACCAGGACCUUCUCCAACAUCAACGAGAGGUUCUCAGUGGACACCGGGACCAACACCCACUGCCCCCCCCCGGCUGCGCCCCGGUUCCUGCCCGGGUCCAUGUGGUCCUUCAACCACAGCCGCAGGUUCGGGGUCUCGGGGCCCGGGGUCUCCUGGACCCACCCGGACGGGGUGGGGGUGCAGAUCGACACCAUCACGCCGGAGAUCCGGGCCUUGUACAACGUGCUGGGGAAGGUGAAGAGAGAGAGGGACGAGUACAAGAGGAGAUGGGAGGAGGAGUACACCGCCCGGAUGGACCUGCAGGAGAAGGUGCUGGAGCUGGAGGAGGAGCUGCAGGAGAGCGAGGUGUGUCAGGACGAGUCGUCUCUCCGGGUGAAGCAGCUGACGGCCGAGCUCGUUCUCUUCAAAGGCCUCGUCAGUAACAACUUGUCGGACCUGGACAGCAGGAUCCAGGAGAAGGCCAUGAAGGUGGACAUGGACAUCUGCCGCCGCAUCGACAUCACCGCCCGCCUCUGUGACGUGGCGCAGCAGAGGAACUGCGAGGACAUGAUUCAGAUCUUUCAGGUGGCCACGCCCCCCUCCACUCUGAACCGCCGGGCCAGGAAGCCGAGCGGCCCGUCGGCGAGGGGCGGGGACGGGGAGGAGCUGAGCGUGUCGGAGAGCGAGGGAGGCGGGGCUAAAGAGGAGGAGUCGUGCAGCACGUCGGCCAAUCAGAUCAACGAGCAGAUGCAGAAGAUGCUGAAUCAGCUAAGAGAGUGUGAGUUCGAGGACGACUGCGACAGUCUCGCCUGGGAGGAAAACGAAGACACUCUUUUGCUGUGGGAAGAUUUUUCCGGAUACACACUGGGAGUUGAAACACAGGGCGAGCAGGACGAGUCCAUCGAGAAAGUGAUCAAUGACACCGAGUGCCUGUUCCAAUCCAGAGAGAAGGAGUACCAGGACACCAUCGACCAGAUCGAGCUGGAUCUGUCCACAGCCAAGAGCGACAUGAACCGUCACCUGCACGAGUACAUGGAGAUGUGUUCCAUGAAGAGAGGCCUGGACGUCCAGAUGGAGACGUGCAGGAGGAUGAUCACACAGAGCGGAGACAGGAAGUCCACCUCGCUCGUCCCCCUGACAGCGGAGGACACGGAGGAGAAGAAGACGCCGGCUCUGCCCGCCAACCCGGAGAGCGGCGGCUCUUACCGUGAUGUCACUGCCCCCCCUCCUGUGACCUGGAGGAAACCCUGA